AGACAAGAAGCUUUCACAGGUUUUCACACACAUCUCAAGAUAGCACUGAAACACUGACCUGACAGGUAAAAUGACUUAUUUGUUUUGACAAACUACUAUGAAAAACAUUAUUAACUAUAUUAUUUAAAGUUUUACCAUUUAAAGUGAAACGGAGUGAGAGUGAAAUUGACUGAAAUUAAAGGUCUUAAGUGAUGAUGCCUCACUUUUGCAGAAUGUUCUUAAUCCUGGUUGUCACAAUGUUCUUGGCUGGCUGCUUGGCUUUGCCCAUCAAAGACCCCUACUCGUAUUCCUCUGCUGUGGGUCAAGGACUUGGCACUCCAUUUGCUUCCUACGGUGAGGGACGCAUCACGGGAGUCAGAGUGUGGGAGACCAACAACAACAACUACUACUACUACUACUACUACAACUACAACAGCAACAACUACAUCAGCGGGUUCCAGCUGAAAUACGGCAACACCUGGUCUCCUGUGUUCGGUAACGAAGGGAGUGUAAAGCAGGUGAUGGAGCUGUUUAAUGAUGAGGCCAUCGUUGAGGUGUCUGGGAAGUACAACCCAGCAGACUACAUCUGCUACCUGGUGUUAACCACCAACAUGGGGCGCACUCUGUCAGCCGGCCUGCCCAACCAGGUCUCCUUCAACUUCUACCCAACCAACAUGGGCAAUGAGCUGAGGAUCCUCAGCGGUCGCUUCAACGGUGCCGGGAUCACCUCCAUCGGAGCCCACUGGGGAUUGGUGGACAUGGAAGGGGCUGGAAACAGUACACUGCAAACAGCACUGGAAACAGUAACUCCUAUUUAUUAGGGGGAAAAUGCUUUUUAGUCCAGGAGUAAACUUACUCUUGGUCUAGGAAACUGACCCUAUAUGUUGGACGGAUGUUUGAUAGACGCUGACAGAACAGUUUUUAUUUCACUAUAUGUUUUUUAUUUCACUUUUAUUUCACUGAAUGAAUUUGAAUGUUUUGAGUACUUUGGAAGUAUUUUUGAGGUGAUUCCUCACUUGAAGCAGUAAUAAAAUAUUUCUUAAUGUAUUCAAAAUUCAUUCAGUUCAAAUUCUCAUGAAGCAUCCAUUAGAUAGGAAUAUUAAAACAGUCCUGUCAGCUUGGGUCAACAUGCGUUGUUUUCACAUUUUAUCACAAUAAAGGAAAGAAUCAUAUUGGAUUUAAAGGAUGAAUUAUAUCUUUGAUUAAUGGAACAAUCUAAUAUUAUGGGGAGAUAAUAGUGUUUCAGGGUGUUUCACCUUCACUAUUUUAUACACACUACAUUUGUUAUGUGUUGUUCCUUUUCUGCUACAUCUGCUUCUGGACAUUAGAAUAAAAAGCAUAUCUUUAAUCAUUAUA